UGCACAAAAUGGUUCAGGUAUCGAAUGUAUGAAGUUCAAAUUACACCCUUUGUUAAAGUUCAUAAAUUUCAAAUGAUGAAAUUGAAAGUGCUUUAAAUUGAUCGACCAAAAUUUGCAGUAAAAAUUCAAAGUUCUCCAUUUUUUUCAAAACCCAAAAGUGGUAUAUGAACUUUAAAAAUUGAGUUGAUAGAGAGAGAGAGCGCAGUGAACUGUAGAAAAACAAUGGAGAACGAAAAACCAGAGCAUCAUGUUCUGAUCUUCCCCUUUCCAGCUCAAGGCCAUGUCAACUCCAUGCUCAAACUCGCCGAGCUUCUUUCCCUCUCCGGCCUCCGUAUCACCUUCCUCAACAUCCAUCGAAUUCACCACAAACUCAUUCUCCACACAGACAUCCAAUUUCGUUUCUCUCGUUUUCCCAAUUUCCAAUUCCAAACCAUCACGGACGGCCUUUCGGCCGAUAAUCGCCCCAUCGGCAAGUUCUCUGACUUGAUCAACCGUUUGAAAUCCGUCACCAAGCCACUCCUCAUGCAGAUGCUCGUCUCGGGUCAAUUGGGUCCGACUCCCACUUGCAUAAUUCUUGAUGGGCUUUUCAAUUUCAUCAUAGAUGUUGACGCUGAACCUAAGAUUCCUGUUUUCAGUUUCCGGACUAUCAGUGCUUGUUCUUUCUGGGCUUAUUCAUUCGUUCCCAAACUUAUUGAAGAUGGUCAGCUUCCGAUCAAAGGGGAAGAAGACAUGGAUAGAAUCGUCGACGGUAUGGCUGGGAUGGAAAAUAUUCUUCGAUGCAGAGAUCUCCCUAGUUUCUGCCGAUUGGAAGACCCAUUUGAUCCAACUCUUCAAUACAGCGUCACGCAAACCAGAAAAAGCUUUAAAGCCCACGCUCUGAUAUUCAACACAUUUGAGGACUUGGAAGGCUCUGUUCUGUCACAUCUUCGAAGGCGAUGCUCAAAUGUCUACGCGAUCGGACCUCUCCACGCACACCUGAAAUCCAGGCUUUCCGGUGAAGAAUCUCCGCCGGCAUUAGAGUCCUAUAACAGCCUUUGGGAGGUUGAUCGGAGCUGCUUGACGUGGCUUGACGCUCAGCCUUCGAAAUCUGUCAUCUACGUUAGCUUUGGUAGCGUUGUGGUUAUGGGGGAUGACCAAUUUCGGGAGUUUUGGCAUGGAUUGGUGGAUAGUGGUAAGCGGUUUCUGUGGCUUGUGCGGUCCAAUUUGGUGGCCGGAAAAGAUGGGGAAAAUGAGGUUCCGACGGAGUUGGAGGAAGGAACGAAGGAAAGAGGGUGUAUGGUGGGUUGGGCGCCGCAAGUGGAAGUGUUGGCUCAUGAAGCCAUUGGAGGGUUUUUGACUCACAGUGGAUGGAAUUCGACAUUAGAGGGAAUGGUCGCCGGCGUGCCGAUGAUCUGUUGGCCUCAAUUUGCGGAUCAGCAGACGAACAGCCGAUAUGUGAGUGAAGUUUGGAGAAUUGGGUUGGAUAUGAAGGACGUUUGCGACAGAGAAACAGUGGCGAAGAUGGUGAACGAUGUGAUGGAAAAUAGAAGAAAUGAAUUGAUGGGUUCUGUUAUUGAGACUGCAAAAUUGGCUAUGACAAGUGUGGAAGAAGGUGGAUCGUCCUACUGUGAUUUGGAGCGGAUGAUUGACGAUAUUCAAUUGCUUUGCCAACGGCAGAGAGAAGCCAUUGAUUAAACAUUUCAUUUCUCUGUAUGUUUUAAGCUAUGUAAUAUAUUGUGCGCAGUUGAUAGUUGGAUAUGCAAACAUAAUUAAUAAAGGAAGUCAUACGCUUUCACUA